AUGCUAAAAAAUAUCAGUUAUUCUAAUGUUACUCUAUAUAAUAAAAAUUAUUUAAAUUCAAGUUUUGGUCUCAGUCUAUCACUUCAGACAAUAAUAAAAUUCUCUUAUUAUAUUAUAUGA